GCAUUGUAAAAUGAUCAAGGGUCUGUCAGGUCCAAAUUGUUUACAUAACCAUACCACGAAACGAAAUGAGGAACAGUGGGGUAACUGCCUUGGGCAGAGGGAUUUGGGAUUUGAUCUAGCAACACUUUCGUUUACAAGCCCACCGCUAGUAAACUAGGCGACCUGCCGCCCCAGGUGGUGGGCUUUGUUCUUUGUUUUACCUAUAUACAGGUUCUAAUCAUGGACUUCGUGUGUAUAUAACACUAUGAGAUGUAUAACCUUUUGUCUGCAUCUGUGCUGAUUAAUAUAUGCCCACUUUAAAUCCUUGAUUCACCAACUAAGAGAUCAACAAUGUGUCAAGUGCUGCUCCGAAGCUCAGCAGUUUUUCCGGAAAUAACUCAACUUUACUGUUGUUCUUCUUGAAAGUUCAACAGAUGAUCCGGUUAUAAUGGCAUUCGGUAAGAACAACUUUUCCUGUUCCUGUUUCGGGGAUUAUUGUGUUUAACAGAUGGCUUUGUAAAGAUCCCUGUGCUCAUGAGAUGGAGGACGCGUACACAGAGCUGUACAGGGAGUUCCUCCAACUGCGCUUGCUGUGUCUGAAGCAGGCUGCUUUACUCAAUAAACUCACAGAGAAACUGAGGACACAGCAAGGAGGAGCCCCUGUUCCUGAUGGAGACCCCAGCGUAAUGGCAUCAAUCCCAAUCCAGUGUACCCAGAAGAGCUCCGUUGCUCUCCCUGCAUGGCCGGAAACCCCAAUGGUCCCAACACACAACCCUGCUGCACACUAUGGCAUUAUAAGGCCAUCUGGGUCCAUGGGGUCACUCACUAAUCUACUGGCUGGGGAUUUGGGCAGACUACGGCUGGACUUUGCUCAUCCAGGGACAGAAAGGAAGGAGGUCCUCAAAGCCACCCCCCCAGGACCUCUGGACCUACCUGGGGGUAAUGAAGAGACGGCACCCUCCAGUGUCUCUGGGGACUCGAAGCAAGCAGGUCGAUUUUGGAGUGAUGAUAUGACCCGACAAAUGUUCAGGAUGCCCUCGGCAUGUGGCUCCUUCCUGGACAGUGAGUUUCUAAGCCAGAACGGGGGGAUGAUGCUGAUGUCAGAGGUGGCGCUGCAGUCUCAUGUGUGUGACUUCUGUAAUGCUGUAUUCCCCGGCCACACCACCACCAGGGGAGACUUCAUGUGCCACCUCCACACACACAUCACCUAGAACAUUAUUUCCCAACCAGGGGAAAUAAAUACUUGAGAAGACCGAUGAGACCAUAGGCUUACUGGUAAAACGCACAUGAGGGUGUAAUUCAGGUGUACUCCAGGCAGAGCAAAAAACUGUUUGUGUUACAGUAAACGAAAAUGGUUGGGAACCACUGACUUCCCUGCACCAACUCCAUCACACACACAUCACCUAGAACACUAGUUCCCUGCACCGACUCCACCCACAUCAUCUAGAACACUGGUUCCCCCAUAACAUCUCCACACACACGUAAUCUAGAAUCCCCAUAACAUUGUUUCUGUAUCACCUAGAGUAGCUGUUUCCCCAUCACUUAGAUUCGUGGCUUCCUCAUACUGUUUCCUCUGCAUCACCUAGAGUAGUGGUUUCCCCAUAAUAUUGUUUCUGAAUCACUUAGAGUAGUGGUUUCCCCAUAAUGUUUCCUCUGCAUCACCUAGAGUAGUGGUUUCCUCAUAAUAUUGUUUCUGCAUCACCAAGAGUAGUGGUUUCCCCAUAAUAUUGUUUCUGCAUCACCUAGAGUAGUGGUUUCCUCAUAAUAUUGUUUCUGCAUCACCAAGAGUAGUGGUUUCCCCAUAAUAUUGUUUCUGCAUCACCAAGAGUAGUGGUUUCCCCAUAAUAUUGUUUCUGCAUCACCUAGAGUAGUGGUUUCCCCAUAAUAUUGUUUAUGCAUCACCUAGAGUAGUGGUUUCCCCAUAAUAUUGUUUCUGCAUCACCUAGAGUAGUGGUUUCCCCAUAAUAUUGUUUAUGCAUCACUUAGAGUAGUGGUUUCCCCAUAAUGUUUCCUCUGCUUCACCUAGUGUAGUGGUUUCCCCAUAAUAUUGUUUCUGCAUCACCUAGAGUAGUGGUUUCCCCAUAAUAUUGUUUAUGCAUCACUUAGAGUAGUGGUUUCCCCAUAAUGUUUCCUCUGCAUCACCUAGUGUAGUGGUUUCCCCGUAAUAUUGUUUCUACAUCACCUAGAGUAGUGGUUUCACCAUAAUAUUAUUUCUGCAUCACCUUGAGGAGUGGUUUCUCCAUAAUGUUGCUUCUGUAUCACCUUGAGUAGUGGUUUCCCCAUACUGUUGCUUCUGUAUCACCUUGAGUAGUGGUUUCCCCAUAAUGUUGCUUCUGUAUCACCUUGAGUAGUGGUUUCCCCAUAAUGUUGCUUCUGCAUCACCUUGAGUAUAGUGGUUUCCCCAUAAUGUUGCUUCUGCAUCACUUAGAGUAGUGUUUUCCCCAUAAUUUUGCUUCUGCAUCAUCUAGAGUAGUGAUUUCCCCUUAAAGUUGUUUCUGCAUUGUGACCUACCUGCCACCUCCACACACAUCACCUAGACCAUUUAUGAGAUUUGCUUGUUUUCCCCAAGAAAUGUAUUAUUGAUUUCAAUGAAAAAAGUUCUUACAACAUAUAUGUAUUGAUUAAACAGUCUGUUUUCUAUGAAACUGAGAAAUGUACAUAUACCACUGUUUUCUUAUAGCACUAGAGGGCAGUAACAACAUAUGGUAGGCUACAUCAUGGGAUUUGUCUCCGUUAUCUCGUUAUUACUGGUACUGUUUUAUUACUAGAUAUAAUAAAAGGACAUACAGUCAUUUAUAAACAGCUACACAAUCCAUUAUAAUGUUACACAUAAUAUAUGUAUAAACAUAGAAAUAUACUUGUAUAUUUAUCCUAUCGUUGCUUUCGAAGGAAAACCUCGUAACUUCGUAACCAUUAAUUUUUUUCAUUGUGCAUUGACAUUUUUACAUGCAUCGACUCUAGGGUCAAGACAAUGUAUUCAAAAUAGCUUCUGAAGUUUCUUAAUUGUAUGUUUGUUAAUGGUAAAGUAUGGCUGUUUUCUAUUUUGGAGAUAAGAGGUUUCAUCCAACACAGACACUAUGUAAGUACAAUUUCUGUCAUGAUUCUCUGUUGAAUGUAGAGCUGAAUUGAUUAAUAAAUGAGGCCAAUUUUCUUCAAAUAAUA